CUUGUUGUUUACGUUGACGUGGCCCCGCCCCCCCUGCUCCUCGUGCUGCCGCUGACGGAGAGCAGCGCGCGCCGCUCCGCCCCGACCGUCAACUAGCCCACACUAACUAACUAGUCGUUACACGGACGACUCGAGUUACACACGGGAGCUAACGGCUAACGGCUAACGGCUGCCUGACGGUGAGUGCUCACCGCCUCUGUCACCGGGUAACGGUCAGUCACCUGACCAGCUGCUAACAGGAGGAUUUUACCAAGGUGACUGUAAAGUUGUCUUAUGAUGGAGGAGCUUCACGACGUCCAGCUGACUGAGAUCAAACCCCUCCUGACGGGACAGAACGGGAGAAAUCUCCAGGACUUUGACUGUCAGGAGCACGAUGUGGAGACGGCCCACGGUGUGCUGCACGUUACCAUGAGGGGAGUUGCUAAGGGCAACCGACCCACAAUCCUCACCUACCAUGACAUCGGACUUAACCAUAAGUCUUGUUUCAACAGCCUGUUUAACUACGAGGACAUGCUGGAAGUGACACAGCAUUUCUCAGUUCUGCAUGUCGAUGCUCCAGGACAGCAGGAGAACGCUCCCAUAUUCCCCACCGGGUACCAGUACCCCACCAUGGAUGAGCUGGCUGAGAUGCUGCCAUCUGUCCUCACACAGCUUCAGGUGAAGAGUGUGAUUGGUAUCGGGGUUGGAGCUGGAGCUUACGUACUCACCAAACUGGCUCUGAAUGAGCCAAGUCUGGUGGAGAGUUUAGUUCUGAUCGACAUUGACCCCUGUGCCAAAGGCUGGAUGGACUGGGCUGCCUCUAAGCUGAGCGGCUGGACCAGCAACCUGGUCGACAUCAUCAUGGGACACCACUUCAGCACCGACGAGUUAACGGAGAACAAGGAGAUCAUCCAGACAUACAGACUGCACAUCUCUCAGGAUAUACCACAGGAUAACCUGGUCAUGUUCUACAGCAGCUACGACAGUCGUACUGAGUUGCAGAUGGAGCGGCCGGUCGUGGGUCUGAAUGAAAACACAGUCACCACACUCAGGUGUCCUGCUCUGCUGGUGGUUGGAGACACGUCGCCUGCUGUUGAUGCUGUGGUGGAGUGUAACUCCAGACUGAACCCGACCAAGACCACCCUGCUCAAGAUGGCGGACUGUGGAGGACUUCCUCAGGUGGUGCAGCCUGGAAAACUAGCAGAGGCCUUCAAGUAUUUUGUGCAGGGGAUGGGCUACAUGCCCACAGCUGGUAUGACCCGGCUGGUUCGCUCCAGGACUCACUCGGCCUCCAGUGUCGGCUCCACAGAUGGAGUCCGGAGCCGCACUACCACCAACACCCUUCCCGAGGGAGUCAACUCCUCCAGCUCCGAGCUCACGGUGCCGCACACCAUUGAGAUGACGUCGUAGAACUGUUCUCUCCAUCUUUACUCCUCCGUGCUUCUUCUCCUCCUGUUCCCUGAACUCAACAGUUCUGCUGUUUUAGUUGUAAACGUUCUUUCUAAAAAGAAAACGCUCAAAAAGGUCAAACAUUGUUUAUAGUUGAGACGACGACGCUCGGCUCCAGAUUUCCUCCCCGUGAGUUCGUGGAGUUUAGAUCUGAUACCAGUGUCAGCAGCAGCCAUGUUGACUCUGUUGUCAUGUCGUCUUUAGAAUGCUGAUGCGGUUGCCAUGGUGAUUCUGUAGAUGUAACCGUACAUGGAGUUCCGCCGGCUCACAUUAAUAUUCAGUUGUGUUGUAUUUCUUCAAGUGGUUUCCUCAGGUCAGAUGUUCACUUUAACUCUUUUCUUCCUUUAGUUUGGUUUUACUCUUACGAUUGUAAUCUUUAUUUUGUUGAGUGAUGUUCGCGGUGCCGUUGGUGAAGCUCGUCUCGUCUCCCAAACAUCGGGAACUUUGACUCAAGUGUUUUUUUCUAUCCGUGACUCAGAGCAUCUGUUCUUCUUGAGGCAGGUGAGACACUUCCUGUAACAGCGGAUCUGACGUCAGACUGAAUGAAACUCAUUUAAAACGAUUGCUGUUCUGCUGCUGUUUCCGUCAUGGUGACCUCUGACCUCUCUAUUGUACAUUAUCUUUAUUAUUCGCUGCGGCUCCUGCUCUGCUCGUCCGGCCGGUCGGCAGCAUGCUCGUCGUUGACUUGUGGCAUGACAACUGUUCAGUGGUCCAGUGAGUGGUGUUGUUCAGCUGGGGCAGAGGGGGGGUUCUACAUUGUGCUGUUUCUCUGGACUGAGCAGGUUCAUCAUCACGGUCACCUGAAAUCACUGGACAGUGAUGACAUAAUGAUUAGUGAGGAUCGUACAGACUGAGCUACGUGACGCUGCAACGCUUCAGCAGUCGUUUGGCUUCAGGGACGUUUUGUGAUGAUUUGCACUUUGAAGGAGUCGAUUAAGCCGUCGCUCAGAGUCCUGAUGCUCAGUCUGGACUUGAGAAGGUUCAGGUUUGUUAGGAAUCACACGUGUGAAUAAAACAACGACAGGUUCCCAGGUUUAAAGUCGACCCACAAACUGUUUCCUGCAGAUGAGAGGAAGUGUUUAGUUCUUUUAUUCUAUAUAUUCUCACUGUAACUCUACCGUUUCUUACUGUUCAAUAUUUAAUACAAAUAUUACUUUAUAGAUUUGAACACCAGUAGCUGUUGUUAAACUGAGGUUUGUACUUAAUAGAUGUUUCAUGUAAACAAGCUUUGUACUGACAAAUAAAGUUUGUUAUCAAUAAAGACAGAACAAGUUUUCA